UUCUAGGCAUGCGCAGUGCCGACAGAGCGCUCUGACUGACCACGUAGCCUGUAUCAGCUGCGGUACAGAUAGCUGCAAUACACGAAUUCACGGCCUCUCAACAGUAGCAACGGGCCGCUGAAAAAAAUGGCGAGAUACCUAAGGCCUCCGAAUACAUCACUUUUCGUCAGAAACAUCGCCGACGAGUCCAGGCCAGAGGAUUUACGGCGUGAGUUUGGUCGUUAUGGGCCUAUUGUAGAUGUCUACAUUCCACUUGACUUCUAUACACGACGGCCAAGAGGAUUUGCUUACAUUCAGUUUGAAGAUGUCCGGGAUGCAGAAGAUGCUCUUCACAACCUGGACCGUAAAUGGGUUUGCGGGCGCCAGAUUGAGAUCCAGUUUGCACAGGGAGACCGCAAGACCCCUAAUCAGAUGAAGGCCAAGGAGCGCCACUCCCCUCGCAGUUUCUCUCGCUAUGAGGAUGAUCGGGAUACCCGCAGAAGACGCUCCCGGAGUCGCAGUUAUGAUCGCCGCAGGUCCCGGAGCCCUUCUUUUGACCGUCGCCCUCGGAGAUCUGAGAGCCCUAGAGACUCUCGAUCCUACAGCCGACACAGACGAAGCAGAAGCCAUGAAAAUAACAAGCACAAAGCUCCUCCCAGUGACCACCACAGAACGCACCAUGAAACAGCCUCACACUCCACCUCCCGCUCCCCGUCAGCGUCCAGAUCAAGACCAAAAGGUAAAAAGAGCCAGUCCAGGUCUCACAGCCCUGCCGAAGACUUCCACCCAUCCCAGAAACAGUCUGUCAGGAGAUCCCCAUCACGCUCCUACUCUAGAUCCAUGUCCCGGUCACGCUCUCGCUCCAGGUCCUGGGCUGGACGCAAGUCUGGAGGCCACUGACAGACUGUUCUCCAGAGCCCUCUGUUUAUGUUUUUCUAGAGGGUUCUGUUUAAUGUUCACCUCUAGCCAUUUUUGGACAUGCAUUACUUAACAUUGUUGGCUUCAUUAAUCUGGUUCAUGAUUAAUUAACUGGUUAAUAAUGUUCUGUUACGUUCCUCCCAGGUUUUUUUUGUUUGUUUGUUUUUCCCCAGACGUACAAGCAGCAGUGACAGGAGAACCACAGUAUGUGUGCACAAGAUUUUUGCUUUUGUAGCUACAAGCAUUAUCAGUAUUGACUCUAGUGUGUAUAACAUUUGGUUCCCUCUGCCAUUGUUGCUUUUAUUACUAAGAGUUUUGCGUUUGCUGCUGAGAACUGCACCAAUUCCCUCCCACACAGAGAGAGAAGGCUAGCUUCUGGUUGGGAAAGUAUGUAACAUAAGAGUACUUUGAAGUUAUUGUAAAUUUGUUUUUUGUUUUUUUGUUUUUAAAUGAUUGGAUAUAAGCUACUACUGUAGUGAGCUAUGGAACUCAUGCAGUGAUUUUGUGCGUCACUAUCUAUAAAUGCAACUGCAUGCACUCAAAGUUGAAUGCUUCAAGGUCCAACUCUGUUAAGAACUGCUGUUAUGACCUUUAUGAAGAGACCAGGGUGCAAGUAGACAUGUUAAAAGGUUGUAUUUAUAGAAAGGUGUGCAUGUGUGAAAGGAGUCUUGUGCUUCCUGCUUUCAUUUCUUAUUUGAAUACGGAGGAAUCUUUUGCCAAAGGUAAAUAAACAAUUUUGUUAUGUCUGUAAGGAAAGCACAUUUGGCUCCUGCCCUUUGUUUUUUUUUUUUCUUUCUUUUGAUACAUGUGUUAAAUUAAACUGAAGGCCUGUUUUGCCAUUAUUCACAACAUGCCCUAGUCUUAAAUGUCUGGUUUAAUUUCAGCAGGCCAACUUGUAUACUAUAGUUAUUGUGAUUGCUGUGACAAUGAAAGAUAUGCUGAUACAGCUGGUACCCAAUAAUAGAGUCAUUUUGUUAUGUAAUAAUAUACUAAAGAUAAGAAUCAAUUGUUUUUCGUGUCCCUAAGAAACUCCCUUGUUUAAACUGUUAUACCUGAUAUCUUUUGUCAAUAAAUACAUUCUUACACUGCUCUAGUUGAAUAAGCUGUGUUGUAAAGGUAGUGUCAAACAAGUGUUACUAUAUCAAGUCAAAAAUACUCAAAACACAAAGUAGGGGGGUAGGGGAGGGGAUUUAAUUUUUUGUUUUAGUUUUUUCUUCUUUUUUCGUUCAAGUUUUUCAUCAAUUCAAAGAGUGCUUUCUUGUUUUACAUUUUGUAACAAAUUAACACCAAUCGUAAACAGGGCACAUUUCAUUGUUCUUGGUGACAUUUCAUCCGAGGGACAAAUUAAAAAGCCAAUUCACUGAAAGAUUUCAAUUUUGAAUAUGGAGACUGCCAUGUAUGAUUUAGUCUGGGCAGGAAAAUAAAAAAAAGUUUACAUGAACCAAGAAAAGAAUAAUAGACAUUUUCAAUUGUCAGCAGGCGGAAGAACAGCCGAGAACCGAAAAUGUCUGGAAAAUAUUUGGUCAACUUGGGAAUUUCCACCAAUGAUUAUGGUCAGUUUCAGAAUGAGUUUUAACUUAGGCACAAAGUUUUUCUGUUUUGUUAAAAAAAAAAAAAUAAUAAUAAAAAAGUGCUAUGCUUACACACCAUUGUAAGCACAUUCACAACUCAAAUCUAUACAUAUGCAAGUCUCCUAGAGUCCAAUUGAGUUUUUUUUUCUAUUUUACUUGUUUUUCCCAUGUAGCAUCUUUAAACCUACACUGCACAAUACACAAUAAAAAAAUGUGCAAUAGCUCUGGAAAGAUCAGAGUGUAGGGGUACUGAUAGAUGCUAUAGGCAGCUUUUUUUUUUUUAACAAAAAUAUUCUUCAGUAUUGAAGUCAAGACAUGACCUUAGCAUGUCUCAUACAUUCAGUGUUAUUACUAAAAAUACUUUUGUCAAACAGGCCACAAACUUGGUCUGCAACUGUACAUAUGCUACAAGUGUUUUAUACAGUUCAUUAUUUACAUGGCUCUUGAACUCACUAACAAGCUUUCAUACUUUGUUUUGUCAUCUUUAAGCUGGCCAAAAAUGGCUCCAAUUCUGCAAAGGGAAAGCAAAGAGCCUCAACAGAGAACUGAAAGAGAAUCCAUAGAAGAUAGUCAAUUACGCCUCCGUUAAUUGAACAGCAUCCUGGCCUGUAACUUAUGAAAAAAAGAAAACAGUCUGAUUGCAGUGCAGAAGGUUAAGGGACAGAAGUGCAAGAGACAACGGGCAGCAAGUGUCUGUUGAUUAUGGGGUAGUUAACCAUUGAGGCUUAUUUGUAAACACAAACACCAGCCUCCUGUCUCACGUUGAGGCGCUUAGGCCGCUUCAGAAAUGUUCCUCAGCUCUGUCUCGCCUUGUGCACAAAAGCAUACAGCCAACAGGACCAGGCAAUGUGGGGUUUUUUCUGAGAAAACGAAACUCAGUAGUCCCACAUUUAAGCAA